GCCGGAAGGAGCCACGCGGGGGCCGCUCUAGGCGGCUUGGAGGACCUGGAGGAGCAGACGAGAGGGCAGACUUCGGACUCGGCGCCCAGGGCUGGGAUCCUCCGCUGUCCCACCGCGUCGCCCGCAUGGAGGUCCCCAAGAAGCUGGUGAACUCGGUGUCCGGCUGUGUGGAUGAUGCGCUGGCGGGGCUGGUGGCCUGUCACCCCGGGCUGCGGCUGCUGCAGGGACACCGCGUGGUCCUUCGCGCUGACUUGGCCGCCAUCCGAGGGCGUGUGGCCCUGAUCUCCGGGGGGGGCUCUGGCCACGAGCCCGCCCACGCAGGGUACAUCGGGAAGGGGAUGCUGACCGGUGUGGUGGCCGGUGCCGUCUUCACCUCUCCGGCCGUGGGCAGCAUCCUGGCGGCCAUCCGGGCGGUGACACAGGCUGGCGCAGCCGGGACGCUGCUGCUGGUGAAGAACUACACCGGGGACCGGCUGAACUUCGGGCUGGCGCUGGAGCGGGCACGGGCCGGGGGGGCCGAUGUGCGCAUGCUGGUGGUGGGGGAUGACAGCGCCUUCGCCGCCCCCAAAAAAGCGGGGCGCCGGGGGCUGUGCGGCAUCGUCCUCCUGCACAAGGUGGCGGGGGCCAUGGCCGAGGCGGGGGCCACCUUGGAUGAGAUCGUGGAGAAGGUGUCGGCAGUUGCCAAAGCCAUGGGUACCCUGGGGCUCAGCCUGUCCCCGUGCAGCGUUCCCGGGUCCAAGCCGACCUUCCACCUGGCUGAGGAUGAGAUGGAGCUGGGGCUGGGGAUCCACGGCGAGGCUGGUGUGCGCAGGAUGAAGGUGCUGCCGGCGGAUGAGGCAGUGGAGACGAUGCUGGCGCACAUGACGGACCCCUCCAGCGCCUCCCACCUGCCCCUGCGCCCCGGAGCCUCAGUGGUGCUGGUGGUGAACAACCUGGGCGGUUUGUCCUGCCUGGAGCUCAACAUCAUGGCUGGUGCAGCCGUGCGGCGCCUGGAGAGCCGAGGCAUCCGCAUCGCCCGGGCUUUGGUGGGUUCCUUCAUGACGGCGCUGGAGAUGGCCGGAGUCUCCCUCACCCUCAUGCUGGUGGAUGAAGAGCUCGUGGGGCUGAUCGACGCCCCCACCACGGCCGUGGCUUGGCCCAACCUGGCCGCGGCACCAGUGACGAGCCAGAGACAGGAGAUACCGGCACCGACGGAGGAACAAGGGACCGUGCAGCACGAGGCCAGCACAGGGCCCGGCGCAGCGCGGGUGCAGCGGGUGCUGGAGCGGGUGUGCGGGACCCUGCUCGACAUGCAGGACAAGCUGAACGAGCUGGACCGGGCGGCAGGGGACGGGGACUGUGGCCACACACAUGCCCGGGCUGCCCGAGCCAUCCAGGAGUGGGUGCAUGCUGGGCCCCCCCCGGCAGCCCCAGCCCCGCUGCUCUCUGCCCUGGCUGACCUGCUACUGGAGAAGAUGGGGGGCUCCUCCGGCGUGCUCUACGGGCUGUUCCUGACAGCGGCCGCUCGGUCCCUGCUCAACCGUGAUGACCUCCCGGCGUGGGCUGACGCCGUGGAUGCCGGUGUCGAGGCGAUGCAGCAGUACGGUGGAGCUGCACCAGGGGACAGGACGAUGCUGGACCCACUGUGGGCCGUGGCGCAGGCUCUGGGCGCCCUGCGCAGCCCCGGUGCCCAACUGCUGCCGGUGCUGGCAGCCGCUGUGCAGAGCGGGGAGGCGGCAGCCGAGGCCACCAAGGAGAUGGAGGCCGGGGCGGGCAGAGCCAGCUACAUCGGCUCGGCGCGGCUGCUGCAGCCCGACCCGGGGGCUGUGGCGGUGGCGGCCGUGCUGCGGGCCGUGCUGGAGGGGCUGCAGGGGUGACAAGCCAUCUGUCACCCCCCUGUGGCUCCAGUGUACCCCCAAUAAACCUCUGUGGUCCCCUGA